GACUUCCCCACAGACCCUCUUCCAAAGCCCAGAAGAAGGCUGGCAGCUGUAUACCUCGGCCCAGGCCCCCGACGGGAAAUGCAUCUGCACGGCCGUGAUCCCCGCACAGAGCACCUGCGCCCGCGAUGGCAGGAGUCGGGAGCUGCGGCAGCUGAUGGAGAAGGUCCAGAAUGUCUCCCAGUCCAUGGAGGUCCUUGAGUUGCGGACGUACCGUGACCUCCAGUACGUGCGCAGCAUGGAGACCCUCAUGCGGAGCCUGGAUGCGCGGCUCCGGGCAGCUGAUGGGUCCCUCUCUGCCAAGAGCUUCCAGGAACUGAAGGACAGGAUCACGGAGCUGUUGCCCCUGAGCUCGGUCCUGGAGCAGUAUAAGGCAGACACGCGGACUAUUGUGCGCCUGCGGGAAGAGGUGAGGAAUCUGUCCGGCAGUCUUGCAGCCAUCCAGGAGGAGAUGGGUGCCUACGGGUAUGAGGACCUGCAGCAGCGGGUGAUGGCUCUGGAGGCCCGGCUCCAUGCCUGCGCCCAGAAGCUGGGCUGUGGGAAGCUGACUGGGGUCAGUAACCCCAUCACGAUUCGAGCCAUGGGGUCCCGCUUCGGCUCCUGGAUGACCGACACGAUGGCCCCCAGUGCGGACAGCCGGGUCUGGUACAUGGAUGGCUAUUACAAGGGCCGGCGCGUUCUGGAGUUCCGCACUCUGGGAGACUUCAUCAAAGGCCAGAACUUUAUCCAGCAUCUGCUGCCCCAGCCCUGGGCAGGCACAGGCCAUGUGGUAUACAAUGGGUCCUUGUUCUACAACAAGUACCAGAGCAAUGUGGUAGUCAAGUACCACUUCCGCUCACGCUCCGUGCUGGUGCAGAGGAGCCUUCCGGGGGCUGGUUACAACAACACCUUCCCCUACUCUUGGGGUGGCUUCUCUGACAUGGACUUCAUGGUAGAUGAGAGCGGGCUCUGGGCCGUGUACACCACUAACCAGAAUGCAGGCAACAUUGUGGUCAGCCGGCUAGACCCGCACACCCUUGAGGUCAUGCGAUCCUGGGACACUGGCUACCCCAAGCGCAGCGCUGGUGAGGCCUUCAUGAUCUGUGGCGUGCUCUACGUGACCAACUCCCACCUGGCCGGGGCCAAGGUCUAUUUUGCUUACUUCACCAACACGUCCAGCUACGAGUACACGGACGUGCCCUUCCACAAUCAGUACUCCCACAUCUCCAUGCUGGAUUACAAUCCCCGGGAGCGGGCCCUCUAUACCUGGAACAACGGCCACCAGGUGCUCUACAAUGUCACCCUCUUCCACGUCAUCAGCACUGCUGGGGACCCCUAGAGGCCCACCAGGGGCCCUUUCUACUCUGCCUGUGUCCCUUCAAGUUGAUCUGUCUCUGUCCUGCCCCACCUCCCCUCCUGUCCCUUUUUUCUCUCUCCCUGCCUUUCGCCCAGCUUUCAUUCUCUGCCUCUGUAUUUCUAUUGGUGCAUUUUCUCAAUGUCUCUUCUCCUUUAUUGAUCUGAUUUUGAUACUCCAGUUCUUUGUCAUCCUGCCUCUUUAUUGACGUCCCUCUUUCUUUUUAUUGAUCUGACUCUCCAGAUCAUUCCGUCUCUGCCUGUCUCUCUUCCCUCCCCUUUGCUUCCCUCCCACUCAU